AUGGCGACGGAGGAGAUGAGAGAGAAGAGCCUCAAGCGUGAGGCUGAGUCUCUGUGGGAUAUUCCUCCCGACUCAUAUGCUGCAAAGGGAUGCUCGUGCUUGGGCACAGCUGCGCAGCUGGUGUUUGUCGCAGUCUUGGGUUCCUUCCAGUUUGGCUUCAACCUCUCUGCUUUGAAUACCUCUAAGGCGUUCAUUAUUCUCGACUUUGGAUGGUGCAAAGACUCAGAAGGGGGCCACUACUCCGACUGUGACAAGGGCCUGCUGUACGGCUCUCUGAUUAACACGGCGGUGUUCCUCGGAGCUUGCGUGGGAUGUCUUCUCGGAGGAAGGUUCACUGACUACGGUCGCCGCGCCUCCCUGAUCUUUACGCACUGUGUGUGCCUCUUGGGUUGCAUCCUCUCCGCCGCCGCAGAGGGAUUCCCUACGUUGCUGAUCGCGCGUUUAGUUGUCGGCGUGGCUGUCGGUCUCUUCACGGUCUGCGUUCCAAUGUACGUCUCGGAAGUCACCCCGGAUGACCGUCGAGGGUACUUUGGCACGUUUCACCAGCUGUUCAUCACGAUGGGUAUUUUUGCGGGGACGGUUCUCGGUCUGGCAUUCGGCGACGCGCCAAACGGCGACGAGGUCUACAAGGUCAGCACCUUUCAGCAAGCCUGGUGGCGCGUCAUGCUCGGAGUUCCGGGUGUCGUCAGUCUGGCUGCGAUCUGCCUGCUCUGCUGGGUGUACCCCUUCGAGACCCCCCAGUUUAUGGUUGAAAAGAAGCAGAAGGCGAAGGCCGCUGCUCUCCUGCGCGAAAUCUACUGUCGCGAAGAUGUAGAAGUUGAACUUCAGCGCAUCAUCACAGGUCGCUACCAGCAAAAGAUCCAGCGCGCCCAGCAGCUGACCGUCUGGAAGGCGAUCACGCAUCCGACUUACCGCUCGGUCAUCCUGCUCGCCUGCCUGCUCUCCAUCAUGCAGCAGUUCACCGGUAUCAACGUGCUGGUUGCGAACAGCAACAACCUCUACGCUUCGUUGAAUCUGCCCAACGCCGCCAUCACGGGUCUUAGCGUCGGGUUCACUGCCCUCAACGUCUUCUUGACCGUCGUGACCAUUCCUCUGGUUGACUGUCUCGGCCGCCGCACCCUGCUGCUCUUCUCCCAAGCCGUCAUGUUUGUCGCCAUGUGCAUCGCCUUCGUCGCGAACCUGAUUAAUGAAAGCAGCAAGGCAGUCCAGUGGGUCACGGUAGGCUGCGUCUAUAUCUUCAUUGUCGGUUUCGCCGUCGGCUACGGCCCCGUCCUGUGGAUCUACCUGCACGAGAUCUUCCCUCCGGAGAUCAAGCAGGGUGCGGCUAGUCUUGCGUCGGCGCUCAACUGGGUCGCGACCGUCGCGAUUGUGUUGCCAUCAGACUUCUUGCUCAAGGAGGGAUUCAGCGUCUUCGUUGGUAUCUGCACCGUCGCGUUGGCAAUUGUUUUCUUCGUGACGCUAUUUUUUGUUAAGGAAACAAAGGGUCUCUCCAUCGAGGAGUCGCCUUACUUCAAGGGAAAGAGUCGCCACCUGGGCAGCGCGAGUGCGUACCGCUCAGACAUUGUCGCCCCAGAGGGCUUGACUAAAGCUGUUGAAGUUUAA